CUUCGGAGGAAACCGAAGAAGUCGAUGACGAAGUGGAGGAGACGGAGCCAAAGUUAAAGGAGAGGAGCAACGGUGUGACCCACGGGGACACCACAAAAGGGGAGAAGAGCCGGAAGAAACACAAGGGCGCCGAGAGUCCGGAGAGUCAGGAGUCCCCGGAGGGAGAGGAGAAGAAGAAGAAAAGAGAGGGCGACAAAGCAAAAGAGAAAAAGAAGAAGAAGAAGAAACCAGAUGAUGAUGCUGAAGCUGGCGCUGUGAUUGAAGAUGAGGCAGAGGAUGGCGAGCAGAACAAUAAUGAGCCCAAGACCAGUUCCAAGAGGGAGAAAUCACAGAAGCUCAAAGAGGAAGUGACUGAGGGAGUGAAGGAGGAAAAGAAGAAAAAGAAGAAGAAACCCUCAGCGGAGAAUCAGGAGGGAGAGGGCGAGAUGGGGUCCAAGGACAAGAAGUCCAAGGACGGCAAGAAGAAGAAGAAGUCUCACAACGACGACGACGAGGAGCCCCUGAUUGAGGAGCAGGAAGAGGAGGAGGACUCGAAGAAAAAGAAAAAGAAGAAGGCGAAGAAGGGAUCGGCGGACAGCGACGAAGACAAAAAGAAAAAGGGUAAAAAAUCCAAAAACAAGCAGGUGGACUAUGCUGUGCUCUACCAGAAUGAGCUGCUGGACUAUCACACAGACUCUUCCGAUGGAUACGAGGACGAGUACUACAAAAAGAAAGUGUACGAGGUGGUCACUAUCACCGGUGAUGUGAAGGGAGCGGGGACGGAUGCUAAUGUGUUUGUCACCCUUUUUGGAGACUUUGGCGUGACGCCCAAGGUUCACCUGGCAAGCAAAAGCCGGACUGCAUUUGAGAAGAAUAAGACGGAUGUUUUCCGCAUCAAAACACACAACGUGGGGCCUCUGAAGAAGCUGAGGAUCGAGCACGACAACACGGGGAUGAACGCCAGCUGGUUCUUGGACCGGGUGGUGGUGACCGACAUGAACCGGCCCCAUCUGCGCUUCUAUUUCGCCUGCAACAACUGGCUGAGCCGGGAGGAGGGGGACAACCUGUUUGUCAGGGACCUGCUGGGCAGCAUGAACCCCAUGGACGUCCCAAAAUUAAAUAAAUACAUAGUGAGCGUGUUCACCGCCGACAUGAAGGGGAGUGGAACCGACGCUGACGUCUUCCUCAACAUCUUUGGAGAGAACGGUGACACAGGAGAGAGACGACUGGACAGUGACAAAGACAACUUCGAACGUGGGUCAGAGGACAAGUUCACGAUAGAGGCGCCGAACCUGGGGAGGCUGAGGAAAAUCACCAUCGGACACAACAACAGAGGCUCCUCAGCUGGAUGGUUUCUGGAUAAGGUGGUGAUUGAUGACAUGGGGAAUAAGGAAGUGUACGAGUUCCCAGUUAAUCGCUGGUUUGCAAUGGAUGAGUGUGACGGCAAAAUACAGAGAGACGUGCUGGUCGGGUCGAUGCAGCCAAUGGGAAUCAUAUACAAUGUCCAAGUGAUGACUGGAGAUGUGAGGGGUGCAGGCACCAACUCUAAGAUCCACAUGGUCAUGCACGGCGCCAAGGGCUUGAAGAACAGUGGCAAAGUCUUCCUGGAGGGCGGUGCGUUCGAGCGCGGCCUCAUCGACAUUUUCAACGUGGAGAUCUGCGAACUGAUUAGCCCGCUCAGCAGGGUCACCAUCGGGCACGACAACGGGGCUGUCGGUGCCGGAUGGUACUGUGAAAAGGUGGUGAUAUACUGUCCGUUCACGGGCACUGAGCAGACAUUUCCGUGCGGGAUGUGGCUGGACGAGGACGAGGGGGACGGGCUGAUUGAGAGGGAGCUGUACGAGAUGGUCUCGCUGAGGCAGAAAAAACAGAAGAAGUACCCAUGGUCCCUCUGGAUCUGGACCUCAGAUGUGAAGGGGGCCGGGACAGAUGCGCAGGUGUUCCUGCAGAUCUACGGAGAGAAGGGCAAAUCUGAUGAGAUCAAACUGGAAAACAACUCAGACAGUUUUGAACAGGCCCAACUUGAUAAAUUCAUGAUUGAAAUGCCGGACAUAGGAAAACUGCUGAAACUGCGCAUCUGGCAUGAGAAGAGACACCCGUUUUCUGGAUGGCAUUUAGCGAGGGUCACUUUGCUCAAGACUCUGACGAUGGAGAAAUAUUCUUUCCAAUGUGGCCGCUGGCUGGACAUCAAUGAAGACGACAACGAGAUCGUCCGAGAGCUUCCAGCUACCGGAGCGCACAUUGAAGAGCCGCUGCCCUUGAUAAAGUAUCGUGUGACUAUCUGCACCGGCAACGUCAGCGGCAGCGGCACCGACGCCAGCGUCUUCCUCAACAUAAUCGGUGACCUGGGUGACACGGGAGAGCGACUCAUGAUCAUGAGCAAGAACAACGUCAACAAAUUUGAGAAGGGCAACCACGAUGAGUUUCUCAUUGAGUCUGUGUCCUUGGGCCAGGUGCGCAGAGUGCGCGUCGGUCACGAUGGCCGCGGCGGAGGCUGUGGUUGGUUCCUCGAUAAGGUGAUGGUCAGGGAGGAGGGCCAGCCAGAGUCGAUGGCCAUUGAGUUUCCCUGUUUCAGAUGGUUGGAUCGUAACGAGGACGAUGGACAGAUUGUCCGCGAGUUGGUUCCGGAUGGAGACGGGCUGCGUCUCUUUAAUGUCGGCUACCACAUAGCAAUCAAGACGGGCAGUGUGAACGGGGCCAGCUCGGACUCCAGGGUGUUCGUCAAGCUGUACGGGGAGAAGGGUGACACCAACAAGAUGAUACUGGCCGUCUCCGACAACGACCUCAGGAACUACUUCGAGACGGCACGCACGGACAUCUUUACCAUUGACACCUUUGACAUCGGACGGAUCAAUCGUCUCCUCAUCGGUCACACUAACGAGGGCCUGCGUGCCGGAUGGUUUCUGGACAGCGUGCAGAUCUCGGUACCGGUCCACGGGGUGCAGUACAUGUUCCCGAGCCACCGCUGGCUCUGCAAAGACGAGGCUGAUGGGAAGGUGGAGGUUGAGAUCUAUCCCAGCGAGGUCUUGGACAUUGAACAAUUGAUCAACUAUGAAGUGACGGUGGUCACGGGGGACAUGCGUUGUGCCGGCACCAAUGCCAAUGUCUUCUGUCAGAUCUAUGGAGAUGAAGGAAAAACUGAAGUCAUUUCACUCAAGAGCCGCUCCAACAACUUUGAACGUGGCACCACUGAGAUAUUCAAGAUGGAGGCUCAGGACGUCGGCAAGAUCUACAAGAUACGCAUCUAUCACGACGGGAAGGGUAUCGGGGACGGCUGGUUCCUGGAGAAGGUGGACAUCAAGAGGCUGACGAUGGCGAUGGUGCAGGUUGAGGUGAAGAAGGAGGAGACCAAGAAAGACAAGAAGAAGGACAAGAAAAAGAAGAAGAAAGAGGAAGAGGAGGAGGUGGAGAUAGUUGAGGAGCUGCAGGAAGUGGUGGAGACAUUUACUUUCCCCUGUAACCGCUGGCUGGCCAGGGAUGAGGAGGAUGGAGAGAUUGUGGUGGAGCUGCUGACUGAAGACAAUGAAGACCUGGAGGUGAACUCCUACGAGGUCCACGUGUUCACUGGGACCAUGUUCGGGGCGGGGACCGACGCCAAUGUUUACAUCAACGUCUAUGGAGAGACCGGCGACACGGGGGAGCGACGGCUCAGGAAGUCCAACAACCUGAACAAAUUUGAGAAAGGCCAGGAGGACAUUUUCAACAUCACGGCGGUCGACCUGGGGAUCCUGAAGAAGCUGAGGAUCCGACACGACAACAGCCAGGCCAGCGCCGGCUGGUUUUUGGACAGAGUGGAGAUCGUGGAUAACAAAGAUGACACCACGUACUUUUUCCCUUGUAAACGCUGGCUGGCUAUUGAUGAGGAUGAUGGACAGCUUGCCAGGGAGCUGGUUCCUGUGGACGAGGCCUUUAUGAGGAAAGGGGACGAUGACGAGGAAGACUCCGAGGCCACACUUGGUCUGGAGCAGAAAGCAAUGUCAACAACAUACACGGUGAGGAUAAAGACUGGCGACAAGAAGUACGCAGGAACUGAUGCUAAUUGUUUUAUGACCCUGUACGGCACCAAGGAUGACACAGGGAUAAUAAACCUGAAGGCUUCAAAGACCCAUAAGAACAAGUUUGAGCGGGGUAUGAUCGAUGAGUUCACGGUGGAAGCCGUGGACAUCGGGCCGCUGAAGAAGCUGUGUAUUGGACACGACAACUGUGGUGGAGGAUCCGCGGGCUGGUUCCUUGACUGGGUGGAGAUCGAUGCUCCGUCUCUCGGACAGAAACUGCGUUUCCCCUGCGGUCGCUGGCUGGACAGAGGGGAGGACGACGGGGCCAUCGUGAGGGACCUUUUCCCUAAUGCUCUGCAGACGGAGCUUUACACACCAUUCGUUCCUUACGAGAUUAAAACCUUCACGAGCGACGUGUUUGGAGCCGGCACAGAUGCAGACGUCUUCAUCGUCCUCUACGGGCGAGAUGCUGUUUGCACCCAGCAGAAGUCUCUGUGUGUCAACAAGAGGGAGAGGAUGAUGUAUUUUGAGAGAGGAGCCGAGGACAUGUUUAUUGUCGAGCUAGAGGACGUGGGGGAUGUAAUUGAGAAGAUCCGUAUCGGCCACGACAACCGUGGGGUCAACCCAGGCUGGCAUCUGGACCGGGUGGAGAUCAGACGUCUGCUCAGGAAGGGAAAGGGUUCAGAGACCGUCAUCUUCCCAUGCGAGUGCUGGCUCGCCAAGUCGGAGGACGAUGGAGAAACAGUGAGGGAGCUGGUGCCCUCCGACAUCAUCACCGAGAAACUCUCACGAGACGGAAACCUGAAAGUCACCGAAGUCGAGGUGGAGGAUGCUCUGGAGACUCACACAUACAAAGUGUCAGUGAUGACGGGUGAUGUGUACGGCGGCGGCACCGACGCCAACGUCUUUCUCACGAUCUACGGGGACCUUGGGGACACAGGGGAGAGGAAGCUCAGCAAGUCGGAGACCAACAGCAACAAGUUUGAACGAGGAUCUGUGGACAAGUUCACUAUAGAGGCCGUUGACCUCGGACAGGUCUUCAAGAUCAAAAUCCGCCACGAUAACAGUCUGGUGAGUCCCGACUGGUACCUGGACCAGGUGGAGGUGCUGGACGAGGAUACAGAAGAGGUCUUUCUCUUCUUAUGUGAGCGCUGGCUGUCCAGGAAGAGGGAGGACCGGCGCAUUGAGAGAGUCUUCUAUGUCAAGGGUUAUGAAGGAGUCCGAGAGGGCCUGAAUAGUAAAAAGAACCCGGCCCUGACGGCAAAGAGUGUCGACAGUAACAUGAACAAAAAGAACAAAAAGAAGAAGGAGGAAGAAGAAGUUGAGCUCCCGAUCAUACCGUAUCACGUCACCAUCUGCACCGGUCUGGAGCGCGACGCGGGCACCACCAGCAGGGCUUUUGUGAUCAUCAUCGGGGCCAAUCACACCCAGACAGAGAGGUUGUGGCUGGACCUGCCGGACGGGGUGCAGGGCUUUGAGGCUGGCUCUCUGGAGAGCUUCAAGUCCCACGGUUCAGACGUGGGGGAGAUCAAAAAGGUCGAGCUCGGCCAUGAUGGGGCCACUCCUGAGAGCUGCUGGCUGGUUGAUGAGCUGUCUGUUGCUGUGCCAACCAAAGGGGUCAAAUAUAUCUUUGCCUGCAAGUGCUGGCUGGCCAAAGAUCGAGGAGAUGGUUUGACUUCCAGAGUGUUCAACGUGCUGGAUGCAGAGGCCAUUUCUAUCUCCAAGCAGAUCAUUUACGAGGUUACCGUAGUAACAGGAGACGUCCAGAACGCGGGGACGGACACCCUGAUCUACAUGUCUGUGUUCGGAGCCAACGGCAGCACAGAGGAGAUGCUGCUGCAGAAGAACGAGGACAGGUUUGAGCGCGGUCAGGAGGACACCUUCAACAUGGAGAUCGAUGACAUCGCCCCGCUGAGGAAGAUGAGGCUGCGUAUCGAUGGCUCCGGCAGUCGACCUGACUGGUUUCUGGAUCAGGUGAUCAUGCGUAACCUGACAACGGAGGAGGUGUCUGUGUUCACCUAUGAGGACUGGCUGUCCAGGUUACGUGGGCCCAAGAGAACCAUGAUCUGCGAGAUGGCUGCUGUGGUGGACGAGGAGAUGAUGGUGGAGCUCACCACCUAUACCAUCCAGGUCAAGACCAGUGAUUGUGCAGGCGCCGGCACUGAUGCCAACGUGUGGAUCAUCAUUUUCGGAGAGAACGGAGACACGGGGACGCUGGCGCUGAAAGAGUGCAACAAGUCCAACAAGUUUGAGCGCAAGCAGGUGGACACAUUCCGCUUCUCGGAUAUCCUCAGCAUGGGAGAUCUCUCCAAAGUACGCGUCUGGCACGACAACUCAGGUCCUGCACCAGGAUGGCACUUAGACUAUAUCGACGUGAAGGAUGAGAUCAUGGACAAAACUUUCCGUUUCCCCUGCGACCGCUGGCUCGCCAAGAACGAUGACGAUGGACAGAUCAUGAGAGAACUGGCCUGCGCUAACAACGACUACUUAGACCUCAACGAGAAGACGAAGUAUGAAAUUUGUGUCACGACUGGAGACAUGGACGAAGCAGAGACCAAAGAAAAUGCCUGGAUUGUACUCGAGGGGAGGAAGGGCCGAUCAAAAGAAUUUGUAAUGGAGAACUCCUCGAAGAAGAAGCGGUUCUUGCGGGGAAAUGUUGACAGGUUCGAGUUUUCGUCCAAGAACCUGGGUGACAUCGCCGGUAUCUGCCUGGGCCACACACCCAAGGACGGAAAGAAAGUAAAGGGGGAGAUUUACUGGUAUGUGGAGGAGGUCGUCGUCACCGAGAGGGAACUGGGAAACAAGUACUUCUUCGCCUGCAAUGCCCUCAUCCCUCUUUCUCCGAAGAGGGACGAUUUCUUGACCUUCGAGUGCACAAAGACCCUGGAGAGCUUUGCCAGUAAGGCUCGAAGCCUGGUGCCCGUCAAGUACGAGAUCAUCGUGAUCACAGGCGACGAGAAGGGAGCGGGGACAGAUGCCAACGUGUUCAUCACCAUCUACGGCUCCAAUGGGGAUUCGGGCCGUCGGCAGCUGCGGCAGAAGUUCCGCAACCUCUUCGAGCGCGAGCAGACGGACCGCUUCCUGCUGGAGAUGCUGGACAUGGGAGAGCUGCAGAAAGUCCGGAUGGAGCACGACAACUCCGGUCUGAGUCCCAGCUGGCUGCUGGACCGCGUGGAGGUCACCAACACGGCCAACGGCGUCACCACCAUCUUUCUCUGCGGGAAGUGGUUGGACACUAAGAGGGCUGACGGGCAGAUCUUCAGGGUCCUCUACCCGAAAUAUUAGAAAAAAAGUAUUACUGCAGAGAGAUCUCCCCUCAUGUUUAACAGCAAAGACCAAAGAGAUUCUGCUCUGGCACGUUUUAUAUCUCAGGAACUGAGACGUAUUUUUACAUUCAUAUUGUUUUUUUUUUUUUUUUAAAUGAUAUCAUGGUUGAAUAUUUAAUGCUACCUGUGAACGAAAUACUGUGACAAUAUCUCCUCGGUCAGGAAACAGAACGUGCCAUUCUUUAUACGAUUCAUAUGUCAGGGAUGGUUCUCCUCAGUUGCUUUGUUAUACCGGAGGUUUUAUAAAAGAUUAAACUCUUUUGUGAUACUCGUAA